UUUAAUGGAAGUUCUGAGACAGAAGACUUUGAUUAUCCUGAGUUUGUAAUGAUGCAGAUAAUGAUUCAGAAGAAUCUACCACACUGUAUUAUGAUCAGAAGAAAGUAAGGAAAAAUGGACACUUACAGCAGGGUAUCAUCAUGACACAGCUAAUUCCAAUAUAAUCAAAAUAACAAUGUGGCAUUUGCAACUGUGUCAAUACAUUCAUAUACAACAAACAUUUGAAGUCUUAUCUCCAUUAACACAGAAAAUCCCCACUCCCGAUACAACAGAAACCCACCACUGAGACUGCUGGUGAAGAACUGGGAGAUAUGAAAUGAUUAUGCCUUGUUGGCCCCCUUGGGGAUUCUUUUUUCCCCGACCCCAACUUGCCAUCUGUAGGUGAGAGCAAGCUGGCCACAAAAUGUAGCCACCUGUAGUUACACUCAGGGAGCUGGGGGUUAAGGGCCUUGCUCAAGGGCCCACAGAUGUGCUGAGACCAGGGUUGGGACCAGCAACCUUCUGAUUACAUGCAAAGAGGCUGAGCCCACUGAAGCACACGCUGCUGGAGAGCCAGGAACAUGAGUGAGGGGCUACAAAAUAAAAAUGAUACACAUUACACAUGGCGACUUCUUCAUAUCCUAAAGCGUUACAGCUGAGCUCCAAACGAGGAGGAGCCACUAUCAAGCCGGCACAAGCCUGUACUACACAGUGGACAGGAGGAGGAUGCACACAUACACUUAACCGUGCACAUUAAACACACAAAGCACACACGCAGGGCUGAGACACAGUACAAACCCCAGCCCCAGCUAUGUACAUGAGGCAACAGCACUACCCACCCGAGAGCGCUAUUUAAAGGCUUCUAGCAAACAUUUGCACAAAGCUAGCUUGCAGUCCACUUUUAAAUGCUCAGAAAUAUCGCGAGGUUUUUUUUCCAAUGCAAUGUUGGUUGCAUAUUUUCGUGCGACUGAUGUCCUCAGCCACAUAUAAUGAAAUAUAAUGAAUUACCAUAAGGAUCUACAAAACACUAGGGAUUUACAAAAAUAAGUAUAAAGAAACGAAACACUGGUGUAAAAUCUGUAACUUUUUAAAGACAUUUUAUGUGUUCUGUAAUCAAAUAAAAAGAUAUCUACAAUGUCAAUUAAUGAAGUGCAAAUAGAAAAGAAAAAAAAAACAAUGGGGAACUUUGCAGUCCCCAUUAUGUCCACGUGUCGGCGCUGCGCAUUUUCCAGCCCUUCUGCCAUCUACAGUGGGGAUUUUUGCCCUUUUCUAAUGAAAGGCUAUGCAGUCCAAAAUACGUCAUUCGCUGGCCGAUAGCGCUAAUGCAAAUUAAUGCGAAUACAGAAAACACCGAAAUAUUACUAAUUUCCUCAACAUAUACAAAGGAGGAAAAUUAAUGCCAUAUUCUCGUAAAAUGAUAAGAAACUGUAAAGACGCUUAAUUUUCUGCCAUUACAGACCCAGCAUAAAAAUAACUGUACGCCGAGAGACUGGCGCCCGCCCGAGGCUAUGCGCAGACCAGGCUACCGCCGCAGCGCCAUUUACAGCUGAUCAGAUUUGUUCAUCGAGCAAGCGAGCGAGCCUUAACAGCCCAGCGUCACGUGACGCCGCGUGCGUAGUCGUACGUGUGCGAGCCCGGUCACGUGAGGCUAUGUGCGUACGCGGCGGAGUUGGGUGUGAAGAUGGCGGACGAGGAGGCCGAACAUGAUCGUAGCGCACAGAGCGGCGCCAGCGCGGCGGUGGCGGCUCUCGGAGAGCGGCUGCAGGGGCUGGCCGCCGCGCUGAAGAGCAGCACGCAGUCGCCGGUGCAGUCCGCAUCCCAGUACUGCCAGGAGUUCUGCCAGACGCUGCUGGAGUACGCAAGCCGAUGGCGGAUGGAGGAGGACCCCCUGCCCUUGGUGCAGGUGUACACCACGGCCCUCGUGAGCUAUGCCCAUGCCGCGGCCUGCCUCUCCAUGCAGUGCGAGAACGUUCAGCUGGUUCUUGAGCGCCUCACGCUGAGCUGCGUGGAGCUGCUGCUCUCGCUGCCGGAGCCGGUGCCCGUCGCCCUGUGGAAGGACGUCCAAGUCUCUGUGCAGGUUGCUGACAGUCUGCUGCAGCAGAGUGGCAUCUCGCAGCUGCACAUGCUGUCCGUGCUGGCGCAGGAAGGCGGCCCGUGGACCAAUGCGACGCUGCAGAGCAUCAUGUCCAAAGAGGCUCCUGAAACAAGCAAAGUCCAAGAGUUUCUAGCGGCGGAGGGCCCCAUGCUGCUGGAAAUGCGGGUGAAGCACCUCGUGAAGGAGAACCGCGUGGAGACGGCUGCCCUGCUGGCCAAAGUGUGCGCGGAAUACCCCGGGUUCGAGGGGAAGGGCCACUUCAAACAGACGUACCUGGUUUGUCUGUGCACCGUGGCCUCGCGAGACCAGCUGAUGCAGGAGCUCUCCCAGGUGGACUGCAGGGAUGCUUUGGAGAUGAUCUGUAACCUGGAGUCAGAGGGGGAUGAGAAGGGAGCCCUGGGCCUUUGCUCUGCCUUCCUCAUGCGGCAGCUUCUCCAGGGAGACAUGUACUGUGCCUGGGAGCUCACGCUCUUCUGGAGCAAGCUGCUGAAACGCCUGGAAUUGUCAGCGCAGGCGUUCCUGGAGAGAUGUCGUCAAAUGUCCCAGCUCUCCAAAACCGUCUACCACAUCCUCUUUCUCAUCAAGGUCAUCCAGUCAGAGCUGGAGGAUGUGGGCCUGCCAGUGUGA